AUGAGUGAAGAACAGGUCUCGUCUACCGCUGAGGCUGUGCAGCGACAAGUUCGAGUGCAGCUCUCGAGCCAGCAGGAGGAUGUUGCUCUGCCUGAAAGCACAGGUCCCAUCCUCGUUCCCACUGGUCUGCGUCGUUAUGCUCUGUCUACCCUGGUGAAUAACCUUCUGGGCAGUGAGAAGCCUAUCCCGUUCGAGUUUUUGAUCAACGGAACCUUUUUGCGUACCUCGAUUGAUGGAUAUUUGACCGCCAAUGGUAUUUCUGCUGAGACUACCCUCGAGAUUGAAUAUGUCCGAGCUCUUAUCCCCCGCUUCACAUCGCAUCGUUCCAGCAUGAUGACUGGUUACGAUGGUCUGCUUCGGAUAUGGAACAUGUCGUCGGAGAUCAUUGCGACCUCGCCUGGGCCUACGGAAGGUGGACACACUGCGUCUAUCAAGGCCGCCAAGUUCGUGUCUCCCAAUCAGAUUGCGUCCACCGGUCUAGACCGCUCUGUUCGUUUGUGGAAGUACACUGAGAACGAUGAGUUCUCCGGCAAAAUUACUCCUCAGCUGGAGCUCUACGGACACAAAUCAGCGAUUGAAUCUCUGGCUGUACAUGCGCCUUCCAACCGUCUUCUCACGGCCUCAGCCGACCACACUGUCGGCUUCUGGUCCACGAAGAAGGCCGACGGCGGUCCCGCUCCAGAAAGUCUUCUCCCUUCCGCAAUCGGUCGGACUUCAAAGCGACGCAAGCUGAACACCUCCGUCAGCACGCCGCAGCGUGGCCCGUUGUCCCUUCUUUCGGGCCACACUGGCCCUGUCUCCGCCGCCAUCUUCGACGCAAGAGAUUCCACCGUCGGAUACUCGGCCUCUUGGGAUCACUCAUUGCGAACAUGGGAUCUAGUUACUGGCGCUCUAGUUGAUACCCGUUCUACUUCCCACUCUCUUCUCUCUCUUGAGCACCUUCCCGAACAUCACCUCCUGGCAGCAGGUACCUCUGCCCGACACAUCACCUUGAUCGACCCCCGAGUAUCUGCCACUACCGUCACGGCCUUGACGCUCCGAGGACACACAAACGCCGUCGUCAGCCUCGCCCGCGACCCUCACAGCACCUACGGUCUCAUUAGUGGUAGUCACGACGGCACAUGCCGAAUCUGGGAUAUCCGUUCUACCAAAACCGACAAGGACGGCAUUGUCGGUGAGAGCGUUUAUUCGAUUGGCCGCAAGAGCCUCGAGGAGGAAGGCAAGGCCGACAGCAAGCGCGUGGGUGGUGAAGGUGUCAAGGUUUUCAGUGUGUGCUGGGACAAGGAGGUUGGCAUUGUCAGUGCCGGUGAGGACAAGCGCAUUCAGAUCAACCGUGGCGAGGGUGUCUUGUCUACGAAGCAGUAG